AUGGCGACGCACGUUAUCAGGACUGUCAAAGCACUUCUUCCACAGUGUAAGAGCCGGGCCCAGUCUUCAGUCUGGCAGCUGUUUGGAGGAAUAUGUCGUCAUCACCACUCGCUGCGCUACAUCCCGCGCAGAGCCGUCCUCUACUGCCCCGGCAAUGAUGAGCGCAAACUCCGGAAGCUCGCCUCGCUACGUGUUGACUGCGCCGUACUCGACUGUGAAGAUGGGGUAGCCCUCAGCAAAAAGACAGAGGCGAGGGAGACCAUUCCCCGCAUGUUGGCCGAGUUGGAUCUGGGCCGCACAGAGAAGUGUGUGAGGGUGAACUCUGUGUCCAGUGGUUUGGCUGAUGCAGAUCUCCAGGUCAUCCUUCAGACCAGGGUGCUGCCCCCAGCCAUCAUGCUGCCCAAGGUGGAAAACACUGAUGAAGUCCAAUGGUUCCUUGACAGGUUUCAGCAUCACUUGAAAGGCCGUCCGCUGACAGAACCCAUUCGCCUGGUCACCUUUGUGGAAACCGCACUGGGCCUGCUCAAUUUUAAGGAUGUUUGUGAGGAGCUUCAUGAGCUAGCCCCAACGACAGGCCUGCAUCAUGACGGAGUGGUCUUUGGCUCAGAUGACUUCUGUGCCAGUAUAGGUGCUACCCGGACAAAAGAUGCCAAAGAGUUGCUGUAUGCGAGGCAGAAAGUGGUAGUGACCUGUAAGGCGUUUGGAUUGCAGGCCAUUGAUCUGGUCUAUAUCGAUUACAAAGAUGUGAACGGACUGAGGCGACAGGCCAGAGAGGGAGCGCUCAUGGGAUUCACAGGUAAACAGGUUAUCCACCCAGGGCAGAUAGAAGCAGUGCAGGAGGAGUUCUCCCCUAGUCCUGACAAAGUCCAGUGGGCCACUCAACUCUCAGCUGCAUUUGAACAACACCAGAAGGAAGGAAAGGGUGCUUUCACUUUUGGCGGGAGCAUGAUUGACAUGCCGUCUCUGAAGCAGGCCCAGAACAUCCUCACGUUGUCAGCAGCGGUGUCGAGCAAAUAA